AUGUGGGGUGCACCGCUUGGAUUUAUUUUCCUUUUGUUUGGUGUGUCAGCUCGAUCCGGUAGUUGGGAGCCCUUGGGGCAGCCAUAUUUUGAUAAUAGCACGAAGCGUGAAACAACAACCGCGGUAGGCCAACCGGCGUUUCUACACUGCCGAGUGAGGAAUCUGGCUGAUCGAUCUGUGUCUUGGAUACGGAAGCGCGAUUUACAUAUUUUGACGGUUGGCGUACACACGUUCAGCAAUGACGCCCGAUUCUCCGCGCUACAUGCCGAUGGUUCUGAUGAAUGGACCUUGCGAGUGUCACCAGCACAGCCGCGUGACUCCGGGGCAUACGAAUGUCAAGUUUCAACAGAGCCGAAGAUAAGCCUUUCGUUUCGACUCACCGUAGUAGUUUCUAAGGCUGAGAUUUUGUCGGGGCCCGAAUUAUUUGUUCGAGCUGGAUCGGAUAUUAACCUUACGUGCGUCACAAAACACGCUCCAGAUCCGCCAAGUUUCAUAUAUUGGUAUCGGGGUGACCAAGUGCGCGCGCCCUUCCCCGCGACACUGGAAAUUAUACCUGUGCACCUAGCAGUUCUGAAUCUGCAUCGG